CUCCUCCGCAUCGGUCACGUUCAGAGCUCCCUUGUCCCGCGAACUCCAGUCGGAGGGAUGCGCGAGAACAGCUGGAACUUUAUUUACCCCUCCUAAGUCCUUCUCGCUCCAGUCUAGGUGUCCCUAAAGCCCGCCUCACCCGUGCAGAGAACACGGCGCUCGCGCCCGCGGCUCCGCGCCCCGGGAGCGCGCGCGACGGGCCGGAAGUGACGCGCUCGGUGCCCGCGUCUUCCCGCCCUGCCCUUCGCCCGCUUCUCGGUGGCGGGAACCGGGGAGACCGUGCUCACUGCGGCGAAUGGUGAAGUAAUCAUGCAGGCUUUUCUAAAAGGCACAUCUGUUAGUACUAAACCACCACUGAAGGAUCGAGGAGUAGCUGCCACAGCUGGAAGCAGUGGAGAGAACAAGAAAACCAAACCUGUCCCAUGGGUGGAAAAAUAUCGCCCAAAAUGUGUGGAUGAAGUUGCUUUCCAGGAAGAAGUGGUUGCAGUGCUGAAAAAGUCUUUAGAAGGAGCUGAUCUCCCUAAUCUCUUGUUUUAUGGGCCACCUGGAACUGGAAAAACAUCCACUAUUUUGGCAGCAGCUAGGGAGCUUUUUGGGCCUGAACUUUUUCGAUUAAGAGUUCUUGAGUUAAAUGCAUCUGAUGAACGUGGAAUACAAGUAGUUAGAGAAAAAGUGAAGAAUUUUGCUCAAUUAACUGUGUCAGGAAGUCGUUCAGAUGGGAAGCCAUGUCCUCCUUUUAAGAUUGUGAUUCUGGAUGAGGCAGAUUCUAUGACCUCAGCUGCUCAGGCAGCUUUACGACGUACCAUGGAGAAGGAGUCUAAAACUACGAGAUUCUGUCUCAUCUGUAACUAUGUCAGUCGAAUAAUUGAACCUCUGACGUCUAGAUGUUCUAAAUUCCGAUUCAAACCACUGUCAGAUAAAAUUCAACAGCAGCGAUUACUAGACAUUGCUGAUAAAGAACAUGUCAAAAUUAGCAAUGAGGGAAUAGCUUAUCUUGUUAAAGUGUCAGAAGGAGAUUUAAGAAAAGCCAUUACAUUUCUUCAAAGCGCUACCCGAUUAACGGGUGGAAAGGAGAUCACAGAGAAGGUGAUUACAGACAUUGCUGGGGUAAUACCAGCGGAGACAAUUGAUGGAAUAUUUGCUGCGUGUCAGAGUGGCUCAUUUGACAAACUAGAAGCUGUGGUAAAAGACUUAAUUGAUGAGGGUCAUGCAGCAACUCAGCUUGUAAAUCAAUUUCAUGAUGUGGUGGUAGAAAAUGAUAACCUUUCUGAUAAACAGAAAUCCAUUAUCACAGAAAAACUUGCCGUAAGUAGAGACUUCUGCACAUCUCAGCAAAAUGUGUUAAAUACAACCCAAAGGGAAAUUUUCCUAACUUUAAUUUUCUUACAGGAAGUAGACAAAUGCUUAGCAGAUGGUGCUGAUGAACAUCUACAAUUGAUCAGCCUCUGUGCGACAGUGAUGCAGCAGUUAACUCAGAAUUGCUGAAGUGAUCAUUUUUGUAAGAUUUCAGUUUUUUAAGUAUGAUCUGAUAAAAAUAAAAAUGACCAAAGCACCUUUAAA